AGAGGAAUCAGAAACUGUUCCACAUUCUAAGGAUCCGUUUGCCCCAGUAGCUUACUUGAAAUUUCCCAAGCUCUCGCUUGCCGACAAGGAACCAUCCUCGACACUGGAUUUUGAUCUGAUACGAAAACCUGAAGAUUUUUGUCGCAUUGAAUUAGAUAGUCACUAUGACGAAAAAUCUCAAGAGGCCUCUUCGUGACUGUGCAUUCAAGAAAGCUGACGUGGUUUCAUUCCUGGGAAGUAGUAGAACCAGUUCUGGCAUUAUCUUCAUUAGCGGGUUGGUGGUUGAUUCGGAAUCUGAUUUUAAAGACGUGAUGAAUAUUCUCCAAGGUAUUAUCGAAAACCAUGGCUCUAAUAUGAAAGCGCUCUUAUCUGUUUGCUUGUACAUAAGGGACAUGGCUGAUUAUCCUCGAAUCAAUACCGUUUAUGGCCAAUACUUUGAUUUGAACCCACCAGCGCGAGUAUGUGUAGAAGUGCCUAUUGCCUGCUAUGCUAUAAUUGAAGCGACGGCAACUUUAUCCAUCGAUCUCAAACGUUCCUUACACGUUCAAAGCAUUUCUCACUGGGCACCAGCUAACAUUGGACCGUACAGCCAAUGUGUGGCAACAGGUGAUUUGCUCGCAAUGUCAGGACAAAUUGGUCUUAUACCGGGCUCAAUGAGUUUACCGAAACCUGCCAACUUUGCUGCAGAAUGUCGCCUUGCCCUCCGUCAUGUGACUCGUGUUCUCUGCGCGAUGGAUGCAGACAUUUCUCUCUUUAAGGCGUUACAAGUCGUGUGCUUUGUAUGCGAUACGAUUCAUAUUGCUGUAGCUAAAGUGGUAUGGACAGAGUACGGCGGUGACCCGGAUCAGCCAAUCGCUUUCGUCGUCACUCGUAGUUUGCCCAGGAAUGCGUUGGUUGAAUGGCAAGUCUGGACUCACCGGGUUAAAGGAUCAACCGAGAAGUUAACGGCAAUGAUGUCACCAUCGAAGCAAGCCGGACAUGUUUAUGUGACGAAAUGUGAAGAAGCGACCGCUAUAUUGUGUCAAUUGAGUAACAUUCCCGCCGACACGAAAGAAUGGAGUACACUCUACCAGAGACUUGCCCAACAGCUGGGCAAAAAUCAUGCGAUAAGAAUCUUUUACAAGAGCAACAAGGGUUUCCAAUUGGAAAUGUUAAACAACAUAUUUCCUGAGUCCAUUGCGACAACCUUGAUCCCUGUUUGCGGAUUAGAAGCAGGGCAAGCUGCCGUUAUUUGUGGUAUAAACGUUUAAAGUUUUCAAAGUACAUGAACGGAACGGGCAAUUCCACCGUCCCUCGGGUAUGCUGCGCAAUCCAACGCAAUAUGUAUGGUAGCCUCGAUCACAAAAGUCGCAGAACAACAUUUUCUCCUCAUCAGCUGGAUCGUGGCAUUGAUCACAAGUCUUGCAAUCUAUGAAAGAAUCACGAAGUUGCUUUGAUGUCAAUACGAAACGUAAUAACUUA